AUGUAUAAGUGUCUCCAAGUUAAGCUUCGGAAAAGAUUCAUUAAUGCAAAUGCCAAUUUUGAGCUUCCGGCGACGAAUAAGGCACCUUGGAAGAAAGUUCAUGCUACAACUGGUAGCAUGCCAUCGAAUAUGGCCAAAAGCGAAAAAUACAAGACCACCCUUUGCUGCCAUGUAUUCAAGACACCUUUACCCAAGUACAGGGCAUCCCCGCCUGGAGCAGCACAUUCGACGCGAGUUACACUUCCGAAAGAGAGACAGAAAAAUGAACCUUGUUCACCAACACCUGAUGGUAGUCGCAGAAAAAAUCAUAAUAGAAACAGCUUAGCAGCUAGGACUAAAAUGAUCUCCCACGACUUCGAAAACAUGGCCUUUAGUUAUCACAAUGUCAAUAAGCAAUAUCGGAAUUCUAUUGGCGAGGCUCACCAUCACAACGACGACAAAAGUGCGAAUGGAUCGGUGCCGAACAUUCAAUUUCAUGGCACUUCAAAAAAAUCUUCGUCAACCAUCGUUCUGCAGAUAGAUCACAUCACUUCAAAUAGUACAAAUGUAUUGGAUUCCGAGGAGCCUUUCUGCCAGAUGAACAAGGCAGAGUGGGAUGAAGAAGCAUCCUUUUGCUCUACAAUAAUCUGA